AUGAGACCUUCUCUUGCCCUCCUUGGCUUGAUUGCCGCCCCAGCGCUCUGCACGCCCUUGGACGCUGAGUUCGCCGCUGCCGAAGCUGAAUGUGGCCCCCUCGGCGUCCAGGAAUGGGACCUGAAUGACCUCCCAGAGGGCACAGACAUCACUGCACUUCGCAAGUGCAAAGAACACCCUGCCGACUUUGAUAUUAGCAGCUCCCUCGAAAACACUUCUGCAAUGCCCGAACUCCUCGAGAGCUCCACGGGGGAAGCGUUCAACCCCGAUGAGAUCCCCGAGGAUACUAGCCCCAGAGAGUCAACCGGGCUGGAGGCCAGACAAAAGUGGUCAGGCGGCGAGUUCUGCCCGGGUACGACUGGUCGUGGAACUGGCGCGGACUACGAUUAUGGAUGCACAAAGGGCUGGUGCUGGAGAAACUGCAAUGUUCAUCUCGAGCAAGUUCUGCAGCCAUGGCACCACAAGCCAUGGUGUUGGUUGGCGUACAACGGCGGCAAUGGAAAAUGGACGCCGUGUGGUCGCUGGCAGGAUUGCGAGUGGUCUUAUAAUAAUAAGAACGCCAGGUGUGGAAAGGCCCAGAAGGGCAAGCCGUGCAAGGCUUGUGGUUGCGGGUGCACAUAG